AAAAAUAAUAAUAGUAAAAGGAAAUAUUGUACGGUGAGAAAAGAAAAAAAAUUGAAUGGUGUUUGGUUAUGGCUUCCAUUCGCAUUCCUAAAAAGCCGAAACUGAAAAUCUCAUUCCAAAAUUCACUAUUCAUAGAUCUCAAUUCUCACCAUCUUCCAUGUCGAUGUUACCAACCAUGGAUUUACCUACCAUUGAUGUGGACCUUGGACCUAACAAGAUUCAAGAUGGAGAACAAGGAGGUCCUUUGUUUCAUUGUGAUCUUUGUGAUACAGAAGUUGUUCACAAAUUGGCUCAAAUGUUCCUUCCAGGAUUAGCUUCUGCUUGUGUUGAUAACACAACAGGGGGUCUCUUCAAAACUCCUGGUUCAGUUACUGUUGAUUUGAGAAAGGAAAUGAUUGAAUAUCUUACCUUAAGAAGUGAAUCUUUUGUUGCUGAGUCUGUUAUCUUGCAAGAAGGACCGGACGGUGAAGUUUCCGAUCAUCCUUUUGAUAUUAUUUCCAUUUUUGUUGACGAUUUCGCGAGUUCCAAGAGGAAUUUCUUUAGCCGUGUUUCGGCGUGGCUUUUGAGUGAAAAGAGAGAGGAUAAAAUCGAUGAUUUUAUUCAGGAGAUUGAUAUGAAUGGUUUUUGGACUCUUGAUAGAAGAGAAGUGAUUGCUCAAACUUUGCUUAAGAAUGUUGAUUUUAAGAACUUAUAUCAUUGUACGGAGAGUUUUAAUUCUUCUCAAGAGCUCGACAAUCAUAUUCUUGCUUGCGAUUUUAGACCUCUGAUUUGCCAAAAUCAGGGAUGCAAUGCUAGGUUUUGUGCAGGUCAUUUGAAGAAGCAUGAUUCUACUUGUCCUUUCAAGAUAAUUCAGUGUGAGCAGAGGUGUUCGAGUAGCAUCAUGAGACGGGACAUGGACAGGCAUUGUAUAACUGCUUGUCCGAUGAAGCUUGUGAAUUGUCCUUUUUAUGCAGUCGGUUGUCGGUCCGCUGUCGCACAAUGUAUGAUUGAAAAGCAUUGUUCAGAUGACUUUCAGUCUCACUUGUGGCACUUGCUUAAAGGCACCUACAAGGAAGUGUCUGGGGACGAUCUUCAACGACGAGUGGUGCAAAUUGUGCAGGCAUCACCAAGCAGCAAUUUAUCAAAGGCUCGAGAUGUUAGAUCUUUGACCUUCAUUGUCAAGAAUAUCGAAGCUACACUAGGGCCUAUGGAGAUUACUGUUGAGCAGAAAAACAGCGAAGAGACUAUUACGAAGAAAGAUGAUAGUGAUGACACCGAUACAAAUAAUGACAGUGAACAGAACACACAAAUGUCAGAUAUGGUUAGUUCAUCAGAUAAAGCCAUAACAAGUGGCAUAACUAUGCAUACUGCAGAGAAUACUGGCAAGAGUGAAGAAAGUGAAAAUAUUCACACUGAAAUCAAAGGCAGUGAAGAGAGGAUACAUACUUCAAAUAUCAGAAAGCUACCCGAUGAAGCUGAAACUGAAACUGUUCAUGUGAGUGAAGGCACUACACAGAAUCACAAGGAGGACAACGAUGCUGCUGCUAGUGAAUUCAAAUUCAAGGACAACGAAGAGAAUGCACAGAAGAAUACGGAAAAAUUGGCAGAAGAAGUCAGUGGCAGAAAUGAGGACUGUGUACCUAAUAACUACAAGGAGAACAACGAUGCUUCUGAUAGGGAAUUCAAAUUCAAGGACAACGAAGAGGAUACACAGACAAAUGUGGAAAAAUUGUCAGGAGAAAUCAGUGCCACAAAUGAGGAGUAUGUACAUAAUAAUAGCAUAAAAAAUGGACAUAUUGAAGAUGAUAAGUUUGAAGAUAAUGAUAAUGUACAGAGCAUACAGAAUUCAAACAGGGAAACAGCGGGUAGUGCAGAAAAUAUUGUGAAGAACAAAGAUAAUGUACAGAGCAUACAUAAUUCAAAUAUGGAUACAGCAGGUAGUGCAGAAAAUAAUGUGAAGAACAAGGAUACUGAAGAUGAUAACUUAAAAUAGAGCACACAAACUUCAAAAGUGUGAAAAAAUGUCAUCUAUCGGAUAAAGCUGCAUGAAUACAGCACAGAUAAAAUCACAGCAUAGACAGAUAUAACUUCAAACCGUUAAUCACAUAAAACUGAAGACUGAAAUCAGACUUCAAAUAAUGCUAUCCUGCCGAAUCUUUACAGGCAGAGAAGGUUUUUGAAUUUGCAAGUAAUGUACAUGCUGGUUCAUUUUCGCUGGAAUUUUUAUUAUUUUCAUACGGAUUAGUUAACCAUUUUGCACCUUCGGAAGACAAACAUCUUCAAGAGCGUUCAACUAUUUUAAAGUGGGGGAACCUUUUAAUUCUUGUUGCAUAUCUAAUGACAGUAUACAACUUUUAGAUCAAGGCGAUAAAUAGGCAUUUGCAAUGAA